GCGCGUUCACGGACCGCUCAUCGGCAGAUGACAACAAAACACGGCAACCGAGACGGUGUUAGCGUAGUUAGCUACUGGAGAUAAAUAACUGGUGGUGUAGUCUGUGUGUUACCUAAUCACGGCUAGAGUGUUGUCGUGUAGAACUUUAUAGAAAUACGCGUCGUUUGUGCGACUAAAUAUGGUUGUCAGAUCUUUUCUGUCUUAGUUCUGCCAACGUUAGCUAAGUGGCUCUCAAAGCUAACUCUAAAAAUGCAGAGCUUAAACGGGUUAGCUAGCUAGCCUAUGUACUAGCUUGUUAGCUAGCCGACACAGGCGAAGACCAAGGAGAUGCGAGCCCAGUGAGGUCUGCAGAGCGUGACUAAAUGAGCAAGACAGGCAAACUGGAAAAACUCUGGGAGGCUCAUCAUGAAGUUGUAUGUGUUCCAGGUCAACAAUGGCAGCACAUUGACAUUUGACACUGACCUUGCUGUUCAAACUGUACUGGAGCUUAAACAUGCCAUCCAAGCCAAAUAUAAGAUUGCAGUUCAGCUUCAAGUCCUGGUGGUCAAUGGAGGGGAAUGUAUGGCUGCAGACAGACGAGUCUGCAGCUACAGUGCAGGCACUGAAACCAACCCCAUAUUCCUGUUUAACAAAGAGAUGAUUUUGUCUGACCGGGAUCCAACAAUCCCCAAAACUACCUUCUCGAUUGAAAGCGAGAUUCAGUUGAAGGUGGAGGAGUCACUACUGAUGCCAGCUGUCUUUCACACCGUUGCCUCGCGAACACAACUUGCUCUGGAAAUGUUUGAAGUUGCCAAAAAACUUUGCUCUUUUUGUGAACGUUUGGUUCAUGAUGAACAUCUCCAACAUCAAGGCUGGGCAGCCAUCAUGGCCAAUCUGGAUGACUGCACCCUGUCUUAUCAGAAGUUGCUCAUGAAAUUCAAUACAGCAUACACUAAUUAUCAACACGACCUGGAGGAAAUUAAAGUUAAGCUUUCAAAGUUAGGGACUUCAGUUUCUGUCAUGGCCAGGAUACCUCUGCUGGAAUGUUUGACAAGACACAGUUACAGAGAGAGCAUAGUGAAGUCCAGUUUAACCCCAGAAAAGGAUUCAAAUGAUACAGAAGAAGAAAAAUCCACUGACUCUGUGCUCGGCACUAAAACACCGAUGCCCUCCAAGUCAUCAGCUUCUUUGUCUGCUUCGGGUACAGCCACAUGUGAGCCAGAUAGAGAUCAGGAGACAAAUGAAAUGACUGACAGUGGUGGACUAAGAGCUGCACUUUUAGAUGAUGACACUCCUGAGCUUGCCAGCCAGUCCUCGUUCAAUGUUACGCUGCUGGACUGGAUCAACGUACAGGACAGACCUAAUGAUGUGGAAUCUGUUGUGAGGAAAUGUUUUGACUCCAUCAACAGGCUUGAUCCACGGAUCAUUCAACCUUUCCUGACUGAGUGUCGGGACACAAUUGCAAAGCUGGAUAAUCAGAACAUGAAAUCCAUCAAAGGGCUUGAAGACAGAUUGUAUGCUCUCGACCAAAUGAUUGCAAGCUGUAAGAAGUUGGUAAAUGAGCAGAAAGAACUUGCUCAGGGGUUUUUGGCCAACCAGAAGCGCGCUGAAAACCUGAAGGAUACAUCUGUUUUGCCUGAUCUGUGUCUGAGUCACACCAACCAGCUGAUGAUCAUGCUGAACAACCACAGGAAGCUGUUAGACAUUAAAAAGAAGUGCACCACUGCCAAACAAGAACUAGCAAACAACCUUCAAGUCAGACUCAAAUGGUGCUGCUACGUGAUGCUUCAUGCAGAUCAGGACGGAGAGAAGCUUCAGGCUCUCCUCAGACUUCUCACAGAGCUAAUGGAAAGAGUGAGGGUGGUCGAGGCUCUCAGUACUGUGCCCCAGAUGUACUGCUUGGCAGUUGUGGAAGUCGUGAGGAGAAAAAUGUUUAUGCGCCACUACCGAGAGUGGGCAAAUGCUCUUGUGAAGGAUGGGAAACAACUGUAUGAAGCAGAGAAGUUCAAAAGGGAAUCUUUUGGAAAACUUUUCAGGACAUCUUUCCUCCGGAAUCGAUUGUUUAAAGGACUUGACUCAUGGCCUCCAACUUCAUUUUGUACGCGAAGGCCCAGAAAGUUUGAUGAUGAACUUCCAGACAUCUCACUUGAUGACCUGCAGUACUUGAAAUCGUGUUGUCCUGUAGAGGUGCAACCUUUUCUUAUGGUCCCUACGAUGUGUGAUUUUGAGCCUUUAAAUCACCAUGUAGAGUCCCUUCAUCAACUGGUCCAAGCUGCACAGAGUGUGGAUGAAAUGUCUCGAACAAUUACUGACUUACUAAGUGAACAAAGGGCAUCCUGUUGUCAGAGUGCCCAAAGAUCAACAACAUUGACUUCACAGUCUGAAAGCAAGCAUGGCAGCACAGCAUCAAUGUUCUCUAAAACACCUCCUUCACUUAGCCUUCAGGGACCCAGCUGCCAGCCUCUACAUGUACCAAUCCCAGCUUCUUUAGAGGAUUUAUCUCCAGACAGCAUUGAUGCACAGACAUUUGACUUUGAAACCAUAGGCCAUCCAAACAUGGAUCCUGUCCUGCAGCAAGGAUCCCUUGACUUGGACUCUCUUGCAGAGAGCCCUGAAUCUGACUUCAUGUCUGCUGUCAAUGAGUUUGUGAUUGAAGGGAACUUGGCCAAUCCCAUCAGUGACCCUACCAGCCCUGAGAUGAUGGUUGAGUCGCUGUACGCCUCGGUUAUUAAUGCAAUUGACAACAAGCGAAUGCAGGACACUACAACACUAGAGAAAGAGAACUCCGUAAUUGCUGAGCUCCAUAAAGCUGUUGAAAAAUACAAAUUUGCUGCAGAAGAGUCCCACUCUAACUUAAGAAGUGUAAAAGGUGAUCUGUACUACUUAAGAGAUCUAGUAGUGAAAGAACAACAUGACUUUGGGUUAGCUCUGCUUAGCAUGAGUUCAGAAGUGCACACUACUGUAGACCAGAUGCACCAAACUCAUGAAACUGAGUUAAAAGAGCAGCAUCAAUGUGAGCUACUAAAAGUUCGGCAGGAGCUUGAGAAGCAAGUUCUUGCACUGACAGAGGAAAACCAAGUAAACCAAAGUAUUGUAAGAGACGUGCAACGCGCAAUGCUGGAGCUCGAAGGGCUUAUGGAGCGCAAAGAGAAAGAACUUACUCAGCUUGAGAAUGAAAAAGAGCGAUUGGUUGAAAAAGAGAGUGAUCUCACUCAUCGGCUCAAAAACCUUGAGCAGAUUAUCGGCAAUCAAACAGAAGAGGUCAAGAUGCUUUCUGCUUCGAAGGACUCCCUGACCAGCCAGCUUGAAAACCUGCACUUAGAGAUUGAACGCAGUCAGCAGAAGAUUCGACAGGAGAUGGAGGCUGUUGCCCAGUGCCAUUUAAAGGAGGUGGAGGAUAGAAUGAAGCAAGAGCACAAGACUGAAAUUGACAGCCUGAAUAAGAAUAACCAGGUGGCUCUGGAAAAUGUUGCUAUUGAAAGUAGUACAAAGUUAACUGAGGCAACCGAUCACCAUGCCGCUGCCAUUAAAGAGAAGGAGCUUCAAAUCAAGGACUUGGAAGCUCGAUGUACAGAGCUUGCAGAACUCCGCUGCAAACUAGAGGUAGAGCUAGCCCUCAAAGACUCCGAGACAGAGGAGGUCAGAAUUUUAUUUGAAGAAGCCAAGAGUCAACAUGCAGAGGCAAUAAAUACCCAAAUUGAGGCUGAGACCAAAGUACUUGGAGAUGAGUUGGCAAAUCUCAAACAACAGCUUCAAGCAAAAAAUGAAGAGUAUGAAGUGGACAUGGCGGAGCUGAGAACCCUCAUGAGGAUUGAAAAGGACCACUGCAUUUCGGAACUGGUGGACAGGCACGAGGAGGAGGCUGCUCUGUUACACACCAAGGUCUCUACCCUGCAGCAGCAAGCCCAGGAUGCUGAAAGAAACCAUGCCGAGCAGCAGCAAAGCCUCAAAGAGGAAUUACGUCAGCAAGUGGCUGCUCUUAGUGGAGAAAAAGAGAAGCAGUUGAAGAGUUUUCAUGACCUGGAGCAGGAGUUGAGGACUGUUAUCAACAAUUUGCAGGCAGAGAAUGAGCUGCACUCUAAAAAACUAGAGCAGGACAAACACGCAAUUCAAAAAGAUGAAGACAAAGAAGCCGCCUCAGACGUUGUACCACUAGAAGCCUUUAAAGAGUUGGAGCAGCAGAAGGAGAAGAUUGAGAAGGAACUUUUAGACAAAAUUAAACAACUUGAGAAAGAGGUUCAAGAGAAGUCAUCAUUAAAAAGUGAUGAAGGGUUGUCGCUGCAUGCGGAGGGCCGUGCAGAUGCAGCAGCACCUCUGUCUCUUGACUCAGCGUUGCAAGAGCGCCUGCAGCAGGAGAGGGCCUCCCUGCUAACUCAGUUAGAACUCCUUGAAAGGAAGAAAAAUGAGGAGAUGCAGAACCUCAAGACAUCCCUGAUCGCAGAGCAGCAGACAAAUUUCAACACCGUUCUAACCCGAGAAAAAGUGAAAAAGGAGCAGAUUAUCAAAGAGCUCACAGAGAAGUUUCAGGAUGUUACGCAGCAGCAGGACAAAGACAAAGCUCUUAUAGAAACUCUGUCUGAGGACCGGGCAAGUUUGAUGCAGGAAAAGAAACACUUGGAAGAAGAACUUAACCGCCUGCGCAACACUUCACUAGUUACCUCCACCUUCUUUUCCCCCAACCCGUCAGCUCCAGAUGCUUCAGAAGCUGGAGCAGCAGCUCGAGCUUUACCAGUUGCUGAGGGUUGUUUUUCUGAGUCCCUGUCUGAGACGGACAGACUGGCCUCUGUGGCAACCAUUCGAGAUGACGACCAUGUCGAUUCUGCAGUGGAAGCCAGCAUGGUGGCUGUCCAUGACAGUAUGAUGUCAGAGGAGAAACAACGGAUAAUCUUACUGGAGAGGACUUUGCACAUGAAGGAAGAAGAAAACAAGCGCCUCAGUCAAAGACUGAUGUCUCAGAGCAUGUCGUCCGUGUCAUCACGGCAUUCAGACAAAAUCGCCAUCAGAGAUUUCCAGGUUGGCGAUUUAGUUCUAAUCAUCCUGGAUGAAAGGCAUGACAACUACGUGCUGUUCACAGUUGGUCCCACCCUCUACUUUCUCCACUCCGAGUCCCUCACUGCACUGGACCUCAAACCAGCAUCAGGGACUGCAAGACGCCCGUGGGUUCUUGGAAAGGUGAUGGAGAAGGAAUAUUGCCAGGCAAAAAAGGCCCAGAACAGGUUCAAGGUUCCUUUGGGAACCAAGUUCUACAGAGUUAAAGCCGUUUCCUGGAACAGAAAAGUAUAAUACCUAAUUAAUGAGCUAAAGUGUAUAUUUAUUUUGUUUUAUUUUCAAACAGAAACUUCACAUUUCCUACAUUUUACUUCAAAACACAUUACUAAUGGCAAGAUGGAACAUCAUGCCAUUUUUCUGUUCAAAAAUAUACAUUAUUAUAAUUAUUAUUAUUAUUAUCAUCACGUUUUUGUUUUCUUAUAAACCCAGAUUUGUUACUGUGGACCAAAUGCUAUUAAUCCUCUCAGGGCGCUGCCUCUACACUGUGGCAUUAUGCCCUUUGAUUUGUGUGUGGAACUGAACAAAAUUUGGAUGUUAAAUAUUAGUUCUCAUUAUCAGCAUUUGUCCUUUUGUGGUAAAUAAUGUAAUUAUCAACAUAAAUACAUUUAAAAAAACAUUUAUAAUAAACAUUAAUGGAGGAAUGUUCAUGGCAUGCAUAUUGAAGUUUUAAUUUACUUAUCAGAUAAAUGUUGUAGUUGAAAUGUAGUUAUGCUGUAUGUUACUCACAAUCAGUAUGACUGUCAAUACUGAAAUGUACAUGAUGACUGACUGAAGGAAGCAGUCAGCUUUGCAAUCCUUGAAAUGCACUUUGAAAACAAUGCUUUUAUUAAUUUGAAAAGGGAAUUUAAUUGAGCUGUCAGAACUAGGUAAAUAUAUCAGAACAAACUUCUCAUUAUUAUAUAAUAUUGACAUGUAGAAAGGAAAACAUUGUGGCUGUGUGUCAUGAUCGGGAGACGUUGUAUAUUACUCAUUAAAAAAACAUGUAACAAUAAAUGACUGUAAUGUAAAGGAUAGAGUUUUGAAACAAUAAAGGAUUGA